UCAAAAUUUGAAGUCCCAUAGAAAGGGUUAUACACUAUUACAAGUAUUAAAGAAUGGGGAAUACUACAAAAGAGACGCUUAUUCGAACAGUAGAAAAGAGUGAGAGAGGAAAUUAACUCGAGCAUAUAGUUGCCGUAAGCAGCUGUCUUUCUCAACCAAAAGUUUGAUCACAUCAACUUCUUCCAUGAUAUGAGUGGUGAUGAACCACACAAGUCAAUUAUAUGGAGCAUAAAUAUCAACCAACCUAAGUUGCAUCAAACAUGAACUUCUCUCUCUCUCUUUCUCUCUCUCUCUCUCAUAUCACCAAGAUGAAUUAAUUAAUUGGAAGCAUAAGUAGCAGUAGUCCCAGCGACAGCUAUAGGGUUAAAGGCAACGAGAUAGAGAGAUUAAGAUGCUUUCAUCCAACAGCAGCAGUUGUAAUCACAACCCUAAUUACACACCCUUUUCCGAAAAUGACAUCACCUCCUUCACCUCUUCCAAAUCCCCAGACUACCCUAAUUUCCUGGUGGGGUUGGAAGAUUACCAAGACCUCUAUCUUCAUCACUUCCUCGAUCACGUCUACCUAAACACGCUUCCUCAGCACGACAUCCCCGCGGCCGCAGUUGCCGUCCCAGCCACGGCGGCGGCCGCCCCGAAGAAGGACCGCCACAGCAAGAUCAACACCGCCCGCGGGCCGAGGGACAGGCGGAUGCGGCUGUCCCUGGACAUAGCGAGGAAGUUCUUCGACCUGCAAGACCUGCUGGGCUUCGACAAGGCGAGCCGCACUGUGGACUGGCUCCUCCGCAGCUCCCGCCCGGCCAUCCGCGCCCUCGAGCGAGGCCGGGCGGGAUUGCAGAGCGACUCUUGCACCUCCGAGGAGUGCGGCGAGGCGGUGUCCGCGGCGAGUAGGAGGGGCAAGAGGGUUAGGAGAGGAGGGGCUCGGCAGAAGAGGGCGACUGUUGUUGCUCGGGAGUCGAGGAGGAAGGCCAGGGAGAGGGCUAGGGAGAGAACCAGUCAAAAAAGACGGCUGAUGAGAGAGAGAGAGAGUGAGAGUGGUGGUGGUGUCCCAAUAUUGUACGGCGAUGUUAAAGUGGUGGAGGAAUUCAGCGCGGAUGAAGCAUGGAUAUGUGGAGCUGCUGAUCAACCAUGGAACUCCUUCCAUUUACACCAAACUCAACAUGCUGCAUUCUUUCAUCAGGAUGAGCAGAUUGAAGAGUUUGAGUUCAAUGGCAAGCCAUGGGAAGCCUACAACUGCUUUAACAUGUCUACAUAAGAUCUUAACUACUGAUUGCUUUUUUAUGAUGUUUUUAGUACUCAAAUUGUAAAUAUGUGUCGAACAUGAAUUUAUUUUAAUUUUCCUUGUGUUGUUGCUUUAAUUUGUAGAGAAAAUCUCUCAACAGUUUGGAAGUAGAUAGGGCGUAAUUGGAACGCUACUCCCUACUUUUAGUAGCUAGAGAAUUAUCAGAAUUUACGGACCCGCUAAUUUAUUAGUGGGGGUAAAUAAUUUACGGACGCAAAUGUUCCAAUUGAAGUCUGGAGAUUAAUUAUCAGAAUUCUGCUUUCACUCCA